CGCGUUCCCUGCGCGACAGCUUCGAAGUUCUGGGAUCAUCAUGAAGAAUAUGGGGCAAACAGGUUCACCAAAAUACUGCGUAAUCACAAUAAUUCAACUGAACGGCCCUUUUUGAGGUGAACUAUCUUAUCUGGAACCACAAAGUACCUUUUCAUUGUUUCAAUUCCACAAUGGCGUCUGAGGCGCCCUCUCCCAACCGGGAGCCCACUCCCUCUGCCUUCCCCUCCUCACUCCCCCAGAAGCGCUCCCUCGAAGAUGACCACAGCCCAGCCGUAUCAUCGCCAUUAAAUCCGGAACCGAAGGCUCAGAAAGCCCAGGUACAGAUUGACGAUAGCCAAGUCAUGGCACGCGAGAAGCGAACCAAGAAAGAGUCCCUCAAGAAGAGGGAGUCCAAGGGCGCCCCCGAGAGUGCUAGAGCGACACCUGAUCCGAAGCUGCGAGAAGCUCCAGGCGAACUGGCGCCAAACCGGUACAAGCUCGCCCACCCUAAGCCGACCGACUUUGAGCUGUCCAGAGGCCCGGUCUUCCAGAAUCACCACGAAGUAGAGGAUUCGGAAGGGAGGACAAUCGAAUUCGUGGAGACGCUGGAUCACGUUUACAACAAGAAGAACUUCCACUACACCCACUGCAUCGCUGACCCCGCCUUCCCAUCCAUGUUCUACUACCGAAAUACCGAGCCGCCGCCCUUUGGAGCCCACAUAGCCUUCGAGGAUGCCGCAUCGCACAUGUUCUUCGCCCGAGACGGCAUGCACGUCACCUCGGAUAAAGGUUUCCGUAUGACACGCGCCAACGUGGCCGUCCGCGAGGGACGGUGGUACUGGGAGUGCAAGGUCACUCGGGGCAUCUUGAAGGAGCGAAAGGAGGGCGAUCCCGCAUCACACGGCCAUAUCCGGGUGGGGUUUGCGAGGAGGGAAGCAUCUCUGGACGCACCGGUCGGGUUUGAUGCAUACAGCUACGGCAUCAGAGAUGUGGCGGGGCAGAAGGUGCACAUGUCACGGCCCAAGGACUUCUUUCCGUCCGGGGAGGACAUCAAGGAGGGGGACGUGAUCGGGAUGGAGAUCCAGCUGCCAUCGGAGCGCCUUCAGCGAAAGAUUGUACAAGGGCAAUACAACCCAGCCAUUGACCUCGCCGAUGAGGACACCGAAGAAGCCCCGGAAGCGCCAAAUAUCAUCCGCGACCGCAUCCCGAUUCGGUUCAAGGCGCAUAUUUACUUUGAGAAGAUCGACUACCACACAACUAAGGAAUUGGAAGAUUUGAUGAACCCGUCCCCCAUGGGGCCAGGGCAUAGCCUUAGGGAACCAAAUCCGAACCACCCAGUCCCGGCACUGCGCACGCUACCGAAUUCGUGCGUCAAGGUUUACAAGAACGGCGUGCUUAUGGGGACGCCGUGGACGGACCUUCUGGCGUUUCUUCCGCCGGCGUCGAGACAGGCGCAGCAGACGGGCGGGCGUGAAGCGCUCGACGACGGGACGUUGGGCUACUAUCCGGCUGUGAGCGUUUUCCGGGGCGGUGCGGUUGAGGUGAACUUUGGUCCGAACUUCUGGUACCCACCACCGCCCGACGAUACGGAGAUGGGGGAUGCCGAUGGGCCGUCGCCAAAGAAGACCGACCAUCUGCGGGCGGUCAGUGAGCGCUAUGACGACCAGAUCGUGGAAGAUAUUGUUUACGACAUCGUAGACGAAGUCGGGUUCUGGAUGCAGGACGGCCAGAAGGUAAUUGAUCGGUCGGUUCGGGACGAGAAGGCCGAGGCAGUGGCCCCGGGGAGGGACGAGAUUAAGGAGCUAGUCCAGGACGACUAAAGUGACAAUAACGACCAUUAUGCUAUCAACGCUAGCU